AUGUUAUUACAUAAAAUUGGCUUCGAGCUUCCAAGAAUCCAAGGCUGCUCCAUCACCGACGCCAUUACCAUCCUGAGGAAUAAGCUUGGAGAUUAUCAGGGGCAGUUCAACACCACCCACCUGCUGGCCCUCUGCGACUACUUCUACAACACCUUCAUCCGCCACUACAGACUCUACCAAUAUGUCCUGGGCCAGGACCAAGAAGUUAACCUGACCGUCAACCACGUGGAGGUGUGUGUGCCACCCCAGCCCCUCCCACUGGCUGAGGGCAAGGACAGGGGCCUGUGGAAGCUUGAGCUGAAGUUGGCUGAGCUCACUAUGGCCGAGGUGCAGAAGCGCACCAACGUGCUGCUCCUGAAGGAGGCGCUGCACCUGGAGCAGGAGCACAUGCUGCAGAAGAAGUUCUCGGAGGUGACUGUGCAGCAGAAACAGGUUCUGGAGAGAGAGGAGUUAGAAAAUCUCAUCAAUGAGGCCAUUCACAUCCAGAUCAAGUGCCUGAAAGAGCUGCUUCAGUAUGAGAUACAGACAACUUUUGAUAUUUUGGACCUGAAACUUCAGAAGAAGACUUUAAAUCUCAAUGCUCCUAUCCCUUUCCCACUCUCCAUCAGUGGCCAGCUAGGCCAAGAUGAAUCUCUUAAGAUCAACAAAGCACGCAAAGCAAAGAAAGCAAAAGGCAAGAGGGAAUCUAAAGACUGA